AUGGGGAUAAGGAAUGAAAUAGAGGAAAGAAGUAGAAUUGAAGAGGAAGUAGAAGGGAUACAGCAGAGAGAGGUUGUUGUAGAUAAGGAGAGGUGGAGAAUUGUUACAUUCUAUAACAAAGAGGGAAGUAAGGAAGAAUUAGAUAGAUUAAAAGAGAUGAUAGGAGAGAGGGAAGAAGAAAAUAUGAUAAUAGUAGGAGACUUUAAUGCAAGAAUUGGUAAGGAAGGGGGUUUUUGUGACCAGAUUGGCGAAGAAAAAGGAGAAAAUGGCAAAGAACGGAGGUCGAAAGAUGAAGUGUUAAAUAAACAAGGGUGUGAGUUGGUUAAGGUAGUAGGAGAAAGAGGAUGGUUGAUACUAAAUGGGUGGAAAAAAGGGGAUGAAGAAGGAGAGUGGACGUUUGAAAAAGCGGGAGGGAAAUCAGUGAUAGAUUAUGGAAUUGUAAAUUUGGAGGCAGAAGAGAAAAUUAGAUGUUUUGAAAUAGGGUGCAGGGCAGAAUCAGAUCACCAGCCAAUAAUGAUAGAGUUAGGAAAGGAAUAUACAAGGCAGGAGAAGGAAAAAGAGAGCGAGGCAGAGAUGAUACAGGAUUGGUCAGAGGAGGGCAUAGAAAUAUUUAGGAAAAAUAUAGAGGACGUAGAGUGGGAAAAAGGAGAGGGGGAAGGACGAUGGGAAGAAAUGGAAGAAGUAAUGAAAAGAGCACCUAAAAUGAAGAGGAGAGGGGGAAGGAAAGAGGUAGGCUGGGUACCAUGGUGGGAUAGAGAGUGUAGGGAGAAAAAGAGAGAGGUUAAUAGGGCGGGGAGAAGAUAUAGGAGAAGGAAGUCGGGAUAUGAGGAAUUUGUGAAAAAAAGAAGGGAAUAUAGGGAUAUAUGUGAAAAGAAAGAAGUAGAGCAUAAGAAGCUUGAGGAGAGAGAGAUAGAAAAGAUUACAACAGAAGCACAGGCAUGGGAAUUUAUAAAUAGGAGAAGGAAGAAAAAGGAGGGAAUAAGUAAGGAAAUUAAAAGGACGGAGUGGGUAGAGUAUUUUAAGACAGCAUUAGAGGGAGUUGACGAGAAAACGGUAGAAAAAGGAGAAAGACUGAAUGAAGUUAGAAAAGACGAAGGGAUAAGUCGAGAGGAAAUAAGAUUAGAAAUAAAAAGAUUAAAGAAGGGUAAGGCGGCAGGGAUUGAUGGGAUAAGAAAUGAAGCAUGGAUGAUGGGGGGAGGUAAAGUAAGUGUAAAGUUAGAGGAAAUUUAUAGAAAGAUUUGGGAGGGAGAGGGAUUCCCAGAAAAAUGGAGAAUAGGAGUGGUAGUUCCGAUAUGGAAAAAAGGGGAUAAAAAUGUGGUAGGGAAUUACAGGGGUGUCACGCUUACAAGCACUGCGUAUAAGAUAUAUGCGAACAUUUUAAAUAAAAAGUUGGUGAAAGAGCUAGACGAGAAAAGAGGAUGGGGCAGAACGCAGGCAGGAUUUAGAAAAGGAAGAGGAACAAUAGAAAAUAUUAAGAUCUUAAAACACCUAGUAGGAAGAAGACUAAAGGAGAAGAAGAAGGUGUGGGCAUUUUUUAUAAACCUAAAAGGAGCGUUUAAUAAAAUAGAUAGGAAGGUAUUAUGGGAAAUGAUGAGGAGAAGGGGUAUCAGUGAUGUACUGAUAGAAAGAGUAAAAGAAAUAUAUGAGGAGACAAGAUGCGUGGAGCGCGGAUCUUUGAGUGUACCCGCGGAAGAUGGUCUGCUGGUCACGUCAGAGAUCGACCUACAAAUUUUCGGCGGCUAA